UAGCUAGGAGCAUGUUAGCUGGAAGACGGUAGUGUGGUCGUGUCUCGGGUAAAUAUUCAAGUAGCGGACGGAGCAGUGAUGUCUUCGGUUCAGUAUUUCAGAGACUAACAGCUGCUACGGAAGAGAUAUUCACAGUCUUUAAAAACCAUCGUCCAGUACGAAGAAGAGGUGGAUCGUCAGCGCAGACUGCUGGAGAGCGGUUCUCCACCUGACAUGGAAGCACACAGGAUCGAGCUCCUACAGCAGCAUGUCUGUAAGGAGGAGGAGGUUCUCACUGACCAGCUGCUCUGUCACCAGGAGAGGAACUCCAGUCUGGACCAAGAGGAACAAGAACCUCCACAGAUUAAAGAGGAACAGGAGGAAAUGUGCACCAGUCAGGAGGGAGAGCAGCUCGUACUGAAGCAGGAGACUGAAACCUGCAUGUUGACUCCUCAUGGUGAGGAAAGUGACCACAGAGAACCAGACGGUGAGCACCAGCUCCUCUCUCACAACUCUCCUGUAGCUGAGAGCCAAGAUCAGAACAGAAGAAAACAUGUGGAUUCAGGAUCAACAGGAAAUGAAGAACCAAACCCACAGAACAGUUUUCAUGAAAACAGGAGUCACAGUAGCAAUGUGGACAACUCUCCCAAAUCAGAGAUUAACUCUCAUACUCACACAGGUAAAAGGAUUUUCAAAUGUGACACUUGUAGAAAAACGUAUGUUUCUAAGUAUAAAUUGAAGAUUCACUUGAGAACUCACACAGGUGAGAAGCCAUUUCCGUGCAAAAUAUGUCAGAAACGUUUUGUGAAAAGUGGUAAUUUGAAAGUCCACAUGAGAAUUCACACUGGUGAGAAGCCAUAUUCUUGCCAAACAUGUGGGGAAAGUUUUGGACGUCGUUAUGAACUGAUAGUCCACAUGAGAAAACACACGGGUGAAAACCCUCAUUUAUGCAAAAUAUGCACGAAAGAAUUUGUAAGGAGUUGUCAUUUGAAGGUUCAUAUGAGAAUUCACACUGGUGAGAAGCCAUAUUCUUGUCAAACAUGUGGGAAAGGGUUUGGACGUAGUGAUUAUUUGAAAAUCCACCUGAGUACUCACACUGGUGAGAAGCCAUUUUCGUGCAAAAUAUGUCAGAAAGGUUUUGUAAGGAGUUGUGAUUUGAAAGUACAUCUGAGAACCCACACAGGUGAGAAGCCAUUUUCGUGCAAAAUAUGUCAGAAAGGUUUUGUAAGGAGUUGUGAUUUGAAAGUACAUCUGAGAACCCACACAGGUGAGAAACCCUUUUCGUGCAAAAUAUGUCAGAAAAAUUUUGUGAAUAGUGCUCGUUUGAAAGUCCACAUGAGAAUGCACAAUGGUGAGAAGCCAUAUUGUUGCCAAAUAUGUGGUAAAUGUUUUGCAAGUAGUCGCUAUUUGACAAAUCAUGUGAGUCGCCACACUGGUGAGAAGCCAUUUUCGUGCAAAAUAUGUCAGAAACGUUUCGUGAAAAGUUGUGAUUUGAAAGUUCAUACGACCCAGGAGACUGAAACCUGCAUGUUGACUCCUCAUGGUGAGGAAAGUGACCACAGAGAACCAGACGGUGAGCACCAGCUCCUCUCUCACAACUCUCCUGUAGCUGAGAGCCAAGAUCAGAACAGAAGAAAACAUGUGGAUUCAGGAUCAACAGGAAAUGAAGAACCAAACCCACAGAAAAGUUUUCAUGAAAACAGGUGUCACAGUGGCAAUGUGGACAACUCUCCCAAAUCAGAGAUUAACUCUAUUACUCACACAGGUAAAAAGUCUUUCAAAUGUGACACUUGUGGAAAAACAUGUCCGUCUAAGUCUACGUUGAAGAUUCACCUGAGAACUCACACAGGUGAGAAGCCAUUUUUAUGUCAAACAUGUGGAAGAGCAUUCAGUGUCAUGUCCACAUUAAAAACGCAUAUGACAACUCACACAGGUGAGAAGCCACUUUCGUGCAAAAUAUGUCAGAAACAUAUUUUGAAAAGUGGUCAUUUGAAAGUCCACAUGAGAACUCACACUGGUGAGAAGCCAUAUUCUUGCCUAAUAUGCAAGAAAGGAUUUGGACGUAGUUGUGAUUUGAAAGCCCAUGUGAUAAUUCACACUGGUGAGAAGCCUUUUUUGUGCAAAAUUUGUCAUAAAGGUUUUGUGAGAGCUGGUGAUUUGAAAGUCCAUGUGAGGUUUCACACUGGUGAAAAGCCUUAUUCGUGCAAAAUAUGUCAGAAAGGUUUUGUAAAUAGUGGUCAAUUGAAAAUCCAUGUUAGAAUUCACACUGGUGAGAAGCCAUAUUCUUGCCAAACAUGUGGUAAAUGUUUUGUCACUACAGGUAAUUUGAAAGUCCACAUGAGGAUCCACAGGUGAGAAGCUAUUUUCUUGCCAAAGAUGUGGGGAAAGUUUUUCACAUUGUGAUGCAUUGAAUGUUCACAUGAGAACUCAGACUG